ACACGCCACCAUAGACUAUUCGAGAAACGCUCACUUCAACUUCGGAGAACGCCCAGGACACCGUACUGUAGGAAAUACCAACUAUCAAAACCCAGGGGUGGACGUCUGUCGCCUUGUUCCUACACAGUUGCCAGCGUGCGCAGAGGAAGGAAAGGCCGUUGUUGUCGCGUCCUGAAACCUCGGUUCAACCGAGCUGCUAAAAAAUGAUCAUCCCAGUGCGGUGCUUCACAUGCGGGAAGAUCGUGGGAAACAAGUGGGAGGCUUACCUGGGCCUGCUGCAAGCCGAGUACACGGAAGGCGAUGCCCUGGACGCGCUCGGGCUGAAGCGCUACUGCUGCCGUCGCAUGCUCCUGGCUCACGUGGACCUCAUCGAGAAGCUUCUGAACUACGCGCCGCUGGAGAAGUGAGAGGAGCCCACAGGACCACGCAAACCAGGGUGUGCGUGAUGACCUGGAACACACACAGACUGCCCAAAUGGGGGUCAGCCGUCGCAAGCCACUCAUUUUUCUGUUGCCUUCUGGUUUUACAUUUCUUUCUUAAAGACAUUGAAUUACAGUAUCUAUUAAUAGGUUAACCCUAAAAAGAGUAACAUUUGAAAAUAAGACACAGUGCUCCCUUGAUUAAUUCAAUAAUUAGUUAUUUCACUCGUGGACAGUAAGUGGCACACUUCCUAUAUUUUAGUGUAUGAGGGCCUUUUCUACUGAUUUGCUGUUCAUCCAGUCAGAUGGCUAAGUAGAGAGAGUCCAGUGGUUUUAAUUUUGGCCCAUAAAAAGCAUGGCUAGUGUUGAAUAUUGAGGCUGUCUCAAUGAUGUUAGAUGCUCUGGAAAGUUUUGUCUGCACAGAAAGGUCCUACGUAGUGGGGAGGGAGGUAGGGGGAGUAGCUGCAGUAUCACUGCAGAACUCACUCGCUCCCACCCAGGAUCAGUUAUGUUGUGCAAGAUGUUUUACAAAAAAAUAAAAUUUCUUACCACA